AUGGCAAAUGUUGCAUCCGACGUUGGUCCUAAAGACGAUAUCAAAGAUCUUCUCACGUGUUCGUUGUGCUCGAAUAUUUUACAUGAUCCAAGAAGCUUAACUUGCCUUCAUGAUUUCUGUAAAGGAUGUUUAGUGAAGUAUGUUGAACGCCUCCGUGGUGAGGAUCAGAACAUUGAGACAUUUCCAUGUCCCCGAUGUCACUCAGAGUUCACGCUCAAAACAAACCAAGAUAUCAGUGGAAUGGCGAGCAACUGUUUUAUUAAAAACAUGUUGGAAAAUAUGGCGAUUCAACAAAAGGCAAAAGCGUCCACCGCAUGUUCACGUUGCCAAGAACCUGCCAUCAAUCACUGCGCGACAUGUGAGGUGUUUUUUUGCAAGAAAUGUUCGGAUGCCCAUGGCAGUUGGCUGGUGACGAUGAAGCAAGCAAGUCACGAUGUUCUGUCCAUGGAAGAAUUGAUCAAUCCAGAAAGUCAAGUUAAGAUUAAGAGAAAGCUUUACUGCGCGAAACACGAAGGAGAAAUGCUUAAAUAUUAUUGUGAGACUUGCAAGGAACUUUGCUGUAUCGACUGUGUCGUGUUAAAUCACCAGAAACCAGAGCAUUCUUGUAUGGCAGUGAGCGGUGAUGCACAAAAACAAAGAGAAACCUUGCAGUCAAGCUCCACGAUCCUUGAUGAAAAAGUAUCGGAAGGGAAGGGCGCGUUAAAAAACGUCUGUGAGGUGAUGAAGGCUCUCAAAAAGAAUGCUGAGUCUGCCAAAGACCAAAUCGAAGAGCAGAAACAAAAUAUUUUAAAGAUUAUAACCGAUGAACUCUGUGAAAGAGCGAAGAAAAUGAACGAGGAAGUGGACAAGUUUUAUAAAGAAUUGUACAGUGAACUGAGCGGGCAACACGAUGGAAUUAAAGAUUUCCUUGAUAAAGUACAAGCUUCAGUUUCCUUGCCAAGAAAUCUCUUAAAAAGAGGAAGUGUUGAAGAAAUUCUCUCAUUGCAAAAAGUGAUUGAUGAAAAUAUUGAGAAGCUGAGAAGCGAACAACCGAAGGAUCUGACCCCAGUAAAUGAUGGAGGCAUUCGGUUCGUACCUGGUGAUAUUGGUAGCAUCAAUGUGGAUGAAAUUGUUAGUAUAAUUGGGCACAUUGAAGGUGAUUCGACAGUGUCGUCAAUCGAGGCAAAUCUAAGUUCAUCGAAUAUUUUAAAUGGAGAGGUUUCUCUAAUGAAACAACUACAAGAAUGGUUGGGAAGCAAGUGUAAAUUCGAUCUCUGUUACCGUGCUUCUAGAGAUGGUUGGAUGGCCCAGGAUUUUCACUCACAUUGUGACAAUAAAGGACCGACUGUGGUUUUGGUGAAGGCCAAUAAUUGUAUCUUUGGUGGAUACACCGAUCAAAACUGGGUGUCAGAAGAUAUAUAA